UCAAAAAUCACAAAAUUGAAAAACCCUUGUCCUCUUCAUCUUCACCUUCUUCAUUCUUCUUGUCAGACCUAACAAUCCAACUAAAAAUCUCCGAUCCCUCUCUGAUUUACCGAAUUUCAUUUCUGUAUGGCUACUACUCUAACAGAUAAACAACCAGGAGUCAGAGUGAUUGUUAGGGAACGUCCUUUUCUCGAUUCAGAAAAGGAUUCAAACUCAAACCCUAGAUCCUGCGUUUCCUCAGAAUAUCUAUCCACUAACGAAGUUUCAGUACUACUCAAAGAUCUACAAACCAGUCGAAAAGAGUGUUACAAGGUAGAUUCCUUCUACGGGCAGCAAGAUGAAAAUGUUUCUCAGAUUUUCAGCGAAGAAAUUAGUCCUUUGCUUCAAUCGAUCUUUCUAGGCUCUAAUGGUACGGUUUUCGCUUAUGGUGCAACGGGUAGUGGAAAAACCUUCACUAUGCAGGGAACUGAUGAACUGCCAGGUCUGAUGACACUAUCAAUGUCGAGUGUUUUAUCCUUGUGUGAGAUAUCUGGGUGUUCUGCAGAGAUUUCAUACUAUGAAGUUUAUAUGGAUAGAUGUUAUGAUUUGUUAGAACCAAAGACCAAUGAAAUUUCGGUGUUGGAUGAUAAAGAUGGGAAAGUUCAACUUAGGGGACUUUCUACUGUUCCUAUAAGGUCAAUGGUUGAGUUCCAUGAGGUUCUUUCAUCUGGGAUUCAGAGGAGGAAAGUUGCUCAUACAGGACUUAAUGAUGUUUCGAGUAGAAGUCAUGGUGUUCUUGUUAUUGUAAUUACUAAAACAUGUACAAAUGGGGAUGAUUCUACUUCUGUCACUACCGGAAAGCUGAAUCUUGUAGACUUGGCAGGAAAUGAAGAUAAUAGAAGGAGUUGCAAUGACGGGAUUCGUAUUCAAGAAAGUGCAAAAAUCAGUCAAUCCCUGUUUGCAUUGUCGAAUGUGAUUUAUGCUCUCAAUAAUAACAAACCUCGAGUGCCUUAUCGAGAAAGCAAAUUGACUCGGAUAUUGCAGGAUUCUCUUGGAGGAACAAGUCGGUCUUUAAUGGUUGCUUGUGUGAAUCCAGGAGAGUACCAAGAAUCUGUUUACACUGUCAGCUUGGCUGCUCGUUCCCGCCAGUUUUGUAACUAUGCUUCUGCAGUACAAAACCCAGAGACUCCGAAGGUGAAGGUUGACAUGGAAGAAAAGCUUCGUGCUUGGCUUGACUCUAAAGGGAAGACAAAGAGUACAAAGAGAAUUGGAGGUCUUGCUUCUCCAUGUGCGAGCAAAACUCCCAUUCCCAUGAGCUCUGUGAAGAAACGAAACUUAUUUCAAAAUUCUGGGAAAGCAGCUUGUGCUACUUAUGGUAGAAGUAUAUCAAAGUCUAAAGAGAGACGGAUGCUCAAUUUUGAAGCUACGACUGUCUCUUCGGGGAAUGCUGAUGGAUUAAAAAUUUCUGGAAGUGAGAGCCAGAUGGACCUUGUAGUUGAUCGAAACUAUGUGGAUUACCACUUGAAAUCAAUUGAUAAAACUACUAAUGAGUUGGGGGAAGAUGAUAAGAAAAUCGAUAUCUGUAAUGGGUGUACAGAUGUGUUAGAAUCCCAAGCCUGUAUAACUGAUAAAUUCUUGGAGGACAGUGUUAAAGCGCUGGAGGAUCCAAAUGAGAAUGUUAUGGUUGUCUCAUUGGCGAACGGUAAUGGCUCAAAAAUUGCCGAGAGAGGAAGCCACAAGGACCUUGGAGAGAGUCUAAAUAGUGUCGAGGAUCACUUGGAAUCAUUCAAUAAAACUGGCACUAAUGUGUGGGAGGAAGAUGGCAAAGAAACUGAUACCCAUAAUGGGUGUACAAAUGUGUUGGAACCCCAAGCCUGUAUAAUUGGUAAAUCCUUGGAGGAGAAAAUGAGAAGGAUUUCAGUCAAUACAUCUGAAACCCCGCUAAAUAGUGAAAGGGUCCGAACAGUGACAGGUUCAGUGAGAAAAGCUCUUUCUCCUAUCAAUUCCAACGUACACAUGAAACACUUGGAAGAUCUCCCACCAGAAGUCCCAAGCUGUUUGUUCGUGGUUGAGCCAAGUACUCCCAGGGCACCUUCUGUUUUGAGCCACCAUAUUGAUGAAACUACGGAGUCAUGCACUCCACUUGAUAGAUUUUGUGCUCGUAGUUCGAAUUUGAAGACAACUCUUGUGGAGGAGUAUAUUUCUUUCUUGAAUGCUGCUAGCAAAGAGCAGCUAUUGGGACUUAAGGGAAUUGGUCUGAAAAGAGCUGAGUACAUCAUUGAGCUCAGAGAAGCAAGUCCAAUUAAAUCGCUGUCUGAUUUGGAGAAUAUAGGGCUUUCUUCUAAGCAGGUAAAUGACAUUUUUAGAAGAACUGCUAGAGGUAUAUUUGACUAAACCGAGCAGCAGAUAGGAUGAUUUGGAAGAUUCCCAACCUUGGUUAAUGCUUGUGAAGUUUAUCACCUUCCUCGGUGAAUCCUCAUUUUUAUUGUCGGGUCUGUUCAAAUUCAAACAUUGGUUGUAUCUGAAUUUAAUGGUGUGGGAGGCGAGAGUUGUUACUGCUUCUAGUACAUGUUCAAAUAUUCUACAUUUAACUGCUUGUUACUCGGAUUUUCUGACACAAUGUUGGUGUGGGAGGCGAGAGUUGAUUUUCUGUAAAUCUGCUACAAAGCCUAGGCUGUUUCUCGAAUUUGCUGUAAAAGCUAAGUUGUUAUCAAUUACUGAAAGCUGUUGUGUUAAGCAGGGAAUGAAAAGAUUGAUAAAAAUUCAAAUCGUCCAAAGAAAAAAGGAGACAGUAAUAAUAUUAUUAUGAAAUCCGCAGGAGUGAAACAUCUCCCAUUAGCCAUUACCACUUUUACACAACACAACACAACAAAACAAUUUCUUUUUCCUGUUUUGCACAUACAAACACUGUGUAGCUAGGAAUAUAUAAA